AUGGCGCCAGCCGCACUCUACAACGAGCUGCAGCCAUUGCUGACCUACGAGCAAGAAGUGCCCAAAAAUGUGUCUAUCAUCACCGGGCCAAAAGGGAUCCUCUGACCGGGAAGAAGCAUUUGCCAUGUUGCUCCGCCAAACCGGGUACUUCAACGAAAGUAUGUCUGGUUGAGGAGCGCCACGUGUUUUCCCAGUCGUGAGCGGACACCCUGUGGGAGAUUGUUGUUGGUCUACAAUUGUUGGAUUUAAUGACACAAGAUGAAGGUAAAAUAAAAAUCUAAAUUUUCUGACAUAAUUGUAUGUUUACAGCCGAGUCGGUGCAAAGAAAGGGCAAAGUGCUGCUCGACACUUUUGUCGGAGGUUGUGUGGCGGACAAAAAACAAGGUAACAAGGUAACAAGGUAAGGCAAGCGUCAGUCUAUGUUUUAGAAACAUUUUCUAAUAAAGAUAGAAUGUUUUUUGGAACCCUAAAAUAAUUGAUGAAAUGAACAUAUUUAGCAAAAUUUCUCAGAAAUUUAUUUCAGUUUUCAAUUUCCAAACACGAAAAAAGGCAAUUCUCUCAAAAACAACAAAACCAAACACUCUUUUUCCCCCGAUAAAAUACGAACAAAACAAAAUAAAACUUCUCGAGUUUGAUACAUUUUCUUAGAAAAUAAUUUAUUUUGAGCAAUGUCAUUUUUUUUUUUUAAUUCAGCUCUCGCUCCUACAAACGUUUAUAAACUUUCUGUAAAGUCCGCAUGCAACAUUUAAUUAUCAAAUCUAUUUUACACUACAGUUUUUCGAGGUUCUAAACCUAUCAAAAAAAUAUGAGUUGUUUUAGGCUCUCCGACUCGUCCAUCACAAUGCGAUCGACACGGCAGUGCUCUUCUCGGAGGAAUUCAGCCUUAAAUAUAUGUUCAAUUAUUGA